UCCCUCGGCAAUGGCGUCGAUGGUGAUUUCAGUGCAAUUCCUCGAUCGCUCCCUUUGACCCUCCCUCCGGGCCUAGACGAGUUGAAUAAAUCAUGUAAUUAAUAGAUAAUGAUCAGGGAGCAGUAAGAAACAUCGACGUUAUCGUUUGAUCGCGCCGAGGGAUUCAGAGUUGAGGCCUUCCGCGGGAAGGUUAUGUACGAUUUCACCCAGACGUCAACACGAAAAAGAAAUAAAUAAAGUAAUCAUCAAAUUGUUGUCGACGGGAGCUAGAUGAUUUUGCAUUCGUGAUAGUGUCGAGUGUCAGUGAAUUGGUGGUACAAUGAUGGGGAUAUUGUAUGAGAAAAGGCCCCUGAAGAGGCCCAGACUGGGCCCGCCAGAUGUUUAUCCCCAGGAGCCCAAGCAGAAGGAGGACGAGUUGACUCUGACGAACGUCAAGCACGGAUUUGCCACGACCACUUCGUUGUCCGAUGAAUUUGGAACGGCGAGACACUGCAAUGUCACUGCUGCCAAAGUCGGCGCUUACUUCAAUGCUAUUCUUGCGAAGAAGGAGGAGCUGGCGACGAUGCCUGACACUGGGAGAAAACGACAGCAGAUGAACACCAAGGACAACUUCUGGCCAGUCACUGCCAGGACGAAGAACCAGAUUGAAACCUGGUUCAAGGACUUGUCGGGGUGCAAACCCCUCAUGACACUCGCCAAGAAGGCCCCCAAUUUCAAUAAGAAGGAGGAGAUCUUCAUGACCUUGUGCGAGUACCAGGUGCCCAUGCUCAGGGCCGCGUGGUUCAUUAAAUUGAGCUCUGCGUAUACUGUGGCUGUCUCGGAGUCCAAGCUGAAGAAGAGGCAAUUGCCCGAUCCCACGACAGAGUGGACAGGGACCCUAAUAAAAUUCCUGAAAGACCAGCUCUCGAAGAUAUCGGAAUACUACCACUCUGGGAACCCCCUGCACCACCCUUCGACGACGCCCCCGACGAUAAACGGCUCCUGCAGUUCGUCGAGCAGCAGUACAACCCCUACGAGCACUUCGAACCCAUCAGCCUCCUCCUCGAACCCCAACCCCACGAGCACCCCGAACGGCAGUACAACAGGCAACGGCACGCCCUCGAUGAACCCCUCGACCCCGAACUCGAGUCAGCAGUCGACGCCGACGCCCUCGAUGAACGACGAGCACCGGCAAGCGCUGAAGCAGUGGCACUACUGCGUCCAACUGGCGAAGUACAUGUUCGAGGAGGGUCUGCUGGACCGCCAGGAGCUCCUCCAAUGGAUCCUCGAGCUCCUGGACAAGAUGCGCUCUGCCCCCUCGGAGGACGGUAUCCUGAAGCUGCUGCUGCCUCUGGCGCUGCAGUACGUCGAGGAGUUCGUGCAGUCGGAGCUGCUGGCCCGUCGCCUGGCGUACGUCUGCUGCAGGAAGCUGGCCCACAUGCUCAGCAACAUCGACAUGACCACGUCCCCGCAGAGUCCCACGAUCCCCCCGAUGAAGCCAGAGAAUGGGAAGGACGCAGUGAUCCCCCAGGCGAUGGCCAACCCCCUGACGACGGCCUUCAACGAUUACUUGUCGUGUCCACAUCACAGGGGAGUGAUCUACUCCCUGUCAGCCAUAAUCCAGGUGAUAAUCCUGGAGUGUCCAACGGCCCUCGUCUGGAACAGCGUCGGCGAGGGCAAAGCCCCAUCGGUCCUCAACGGUUCCCCCCUGGACUACCUCCCCUGCCCCCCAGCGAGCCUCCCCUGUCCCCCCUCGACAGCCUCGAACCCGACGAUGCAGCAGUUGAAGAUCGCCCAGGAGAACAUCAGACUGCGUUCGCAGGCAGCCGAGGGCAGGUGGUCCUGCGACAAGUGGCAGCAGAGUUCAGCUGGAAUGACGACGACCCGCGUUCUAGCAGCCCUCGACGCCCUCGACCGCCACAGCUUCGACAGAAUGGACGCGACAAACUCCCUGGACACCCUCUACUCCAAGAUAUUCACCCCACCCCCGAAAGAGACUAAUAGCGAGAGGGAACAAACUAAGACUGAGUACACCCCCCAGCAGGACUCCGCUGUUGUUAAUAUAUUGUGUGAGUGGGCGGUGUCCGCUGAGCGCUGGGGUGAGCACAGAGCAAUGGCGGUGGCCAAGCUGCUGGAGAAGAGGCAGGCCGAAGUCACUGGUGAGAAUAACGACGAUAACGACAAAGACAGUGUCUGCAGCAAUGGAAGUCCCCCGACGCUUCCCAUAUUCCAGCCGCUCCUGAUGAAGUUCCUGGACACCGACGCCCCCAUUCAGGACAACUCGACCCCCCAGACUAAAGCACAAUUCACCAACCUGGUGCACCUGUUCUCGGAGCUGAUCAGGCACGACAUAUUCUCGCACGACGCCUACAUGUGCACGCUGAUAUCCAGAGGGGAUCUGAUACAGGGGCCAACGGCUAGCAAGCCUGGAACUCCUAGCAAUCGAGAUCCCAUGGACGAGGACAGCCUCUUCCCUGGGAUCGACCUGAAGCCGACCAAGUUGGAGGUCUCCGAUCACGGGAGGAUGGACCUGGACGACUCGAAAAUCGACGACGACCUCGACAAACUGUUGCAACACAUCAAGGAAGACCAGCAGAACAGUAUGGACGCUCCGGACAGCCCUAAGGACGACCUCGGUGGACACUCGGCUGAAGGACUGGAGACUAAACCCCCCACGAGCCCCAGCCGCCACCUCCUCUACACGACGCACUUCCCACUGCCUCAGGACGAGUCCUGCAGUCAGCACGACUGCAACCAGCGGCACGUCCUCCUCUACGGGGUGGGGCGGGUCAGGGACGAGGCCCGCCACGGGGUCAAGAAGAUGACGAAGGAGGUCUGCAAGCUCUUCGGCAAGAAAUUCAGUAUCGACGUGGCCGAGGGUGGAAAAGUGAAGAAGCACUCCAGGAACGAAUUCAACUUCGAGGCGAUCACCCAGAAAUUCCAGAACCUGAGCUACUUCGACCAGCACGUGGUGACCUGGCAGUGCGCGACGCAGGUGAUCGAGAUGCUGAACGUCUUCGCUCUGUCGGGAUCGUCUUACCUGCCGGUGCAGGAGCACGUGGCGUUCCUCUUCGACCUGAUGGAGCUCGCCCUGAACAUCUACGGGCUCAUAGACGUCUGCAUCCAGAUCCUGAAGGAGUUGCCGGAAGUCGAGUCCCAGUUGGCCCUGAAGAACAGUCAACUCGUGAGGAGCUACACCACCAGUCUCAGCCUCUACGUAGUCGGAGUCUUGAGGAGGUACCACUGCUGCCUCCUGCUGUCCCCCGAGCAGACGACAGCGGUCUUCGAUCUCCUGUGUAAAGUCGUGAAGCACGUGUCGAACCCGAGCGACUGCAGCUCGGCGGAGAGGUGCAUCCUCUCUCAGCUGUACGACCUCUACUCCUCGUGCUCAUUGCUGAAGACCAAACCCCACGGGGUGGAGGCCUUCAGCAACGCCUACCCGAAGAUCAGGGCUGCCCUGUACAGCGCGGUGCAGUUGACCUCCUCUAAUCACGCCUACAACUCCCAGUUCAUGGUGGACGUCUUCAACAGCCCUCGAAGGGGCGGCAAGAUCGAGCCCCAGUGGGCGAGAUCCCUCAACGAAACCCCCGCCAACAGGUACAGCUUCGUCUGCAACGCAAUUGUCGCCGUCUGCAGCGAAACUGACAACGACAAGUUGAACGAGAUUGCCAUCACCUGCGCAGAGCUGACUGCCUGCUGCAACGCCCUGAGCGCCGAGUGGCUGGGGGUGUUCAAGGCCCUCUGCUGCUCCGCCAACAGCUUCCCCUUUUACAUCGACGUGCUCAACCAGGUGGACGUGCAGGACCUGAGCAUUCAUAAUUCACUGGCUGUGUUCAUCUCGAUUCUCAUCGCGAGGCACUGCUUCAGCCUCGAGGACUUUGUCCUUCACAUUGCGCUGCCCUCGUUGGUGAGGGCCUGCAACGACGGGAGAGGGGACGCCGACACGGAGUCGGAGUCCAGGGGGAGGCUGACGUGUCACCUGGUGCUGAGGCUCUUCAAGACUGUGGAGUGCCCCCAGCCCUCGUUGUACUCGGUCAGCACGAGCCCCCAUCCCCUCCCCAGUGGGAAUCCCCGGGGUUACAGCAUAAAGUUGAGUUGCGACAGGCAUCUGCUGGCUGCGACGCAUAAUAACAUCAGGGUGGGGCCGGUCCUGGCGGUGUUGAAGGCCAUUCUUGUGGUGGGGGAUGCCACGGCUGUCAAACAACCACCGAAGAAGCCGGACGUGCCUCUGACGCACUCGGGGAAGGGAACGGGCCCUGCCAGUGUGGGGGGAGGAGCUGGGGAGCUGUCCAUCAGUCACAUCCUGGGGACCAGCGACAUCCUCGGGGGCGGGGAUGACCUCGGGCUGGACCUCGCCAUGUCCUCCUCCAGCAGCAGUGCUGGCAUCACCGAGAAUGUCAAGGGACUGAGCGAAUUCGCUCAGCACGUGCUGCGCCAGAUCUGCAGUCAGGAGUGGGUCCUCGAGAAGUGCCUGCACAAUCCUGAAGAGCUGUUCCACGUGGAGAUGCUGCUGGAUAACAUGCUGUCGGCGAAACAGGCCCAACGGCUUCUGCACAUGAUUUGUUAUCCCGACACCUCGCCGGAUGCCUUUCACGAUCAGAGAACGCAUAUCACGAAUAUCCUGGAGAACCUGGAGCAGUGGAGCCUGAGGAUGUCGUGGCUGGAUCUCCAGCUGAUGUAUAAACAGUUCUCACCAGGGUCCAGCGAUCUGUCCCAGUGGCUGGACACCGUUGCCAAAGCUGCCAUCGAUGUCUUUCAACUGAACAACCCGACGAGCAGUAAAGGGGACAAGAGGUCUGGCUCCAUUUGGCUGGUCGCACCCUUGGUUUCGAAAUUACCGAGCGCUGUGCAGGGGAGAGUCUUGAAGGUGGCGGGUAAUUCCCUGGAAUCCGGCAACUGGACGAAAGCAGGUCGUGAGCGUCGUUCAAAGUCCCCUUCGCUGUUCAACCACCAGCCCUUCCUCUCGCUGGUUCUGACGUGCCUCAAGGGCCAGGACGACCAGCGGGAGGGUCUCCUGACGUCCCUCCACUCCCAGCUGUCCCAGUUCCUGAACACCACAAAAGACGAGAAGAACGUGUCCUCCGAGGACCCGAAGAGUCGCGAGGUCCUGCAGGACGCCCUGCAGCUGCGCUUCAGCCUCGUCGGAGGUGUCUUCGACACGAUCCAGCGCAACACCACAGUCACCAUCGACUGGGCGAUCCUCCUCGUCCAAUUAGUCAGCUACGGUGUGAUCGACCUGAACAACAACUCCGAGCUCUUCACAACAGUAAUCGACAUGCUGGCGACGCUGAUCCAUUCCACAUUGGUCUCGGACUCCCAAUCCGAGAAGGACGAGAACAAGAAGCACUACCAGAACCUCAUGAAGAAACUGAAGAAGGAGCUGGGGGACAGGAAUUCCCAGAGCAUUCAGUACGUCCGCCAGCUCCUGCCACUGCCAAAACUCACGAUGGAGGUGAUCACCUGCGAGCCGGUGGGCUCCCUAACCGACACCAAAGGCAACAAAAUCGCGGGCUUCGACAGCAUCGACAAGAAGCAGGGGCUCCAGGUGUGCGACCACCAGAGAAUUUCCGCGUGGGAGUUGCUGGAGGGCCACAAGAACCCGGCGCCGCUCUCCUGGACGUGGUUCCGGGCAGUGAGGAUCGAGCGCAAGCCCCUGACGUACCAGAGCGCCCACAAACUCCUGCGUUACCACACCCACAGCCAAAUCAGAUCGGCCAACCACUACCUGGACCCCCCGCCGCUGCCCCCAGAGGACCUGGAGCCCGACAAAAAGGAGAAUGAGCCCGGGAAGGCGGACACCCCCAUGAGCGUCGACUCUCCGAGUAGACUAGGUCCCAUUGGGGUGAACGCAGGGGCCGGGAAGGGGAAAGCGAUGAAGGCCCCGAGGAGGCACAGAAGGAGUAAAGCAGCGACACCGACGGCGCCGGUGCCCCAGCAGAUGCCGCAGGCGCCGCCGAUGCAGCAGAUGCCGUACAAUCAGCAGGCGCAGCCCCAGCCGCAGCCUCAGGCCGCCAACCAGGUGCAGCCUGGAAUGUUCACGCAGGCGCCCCAGCCGCAGCAGCAGUGGUACCCUAACCAGCAGGGGCCAGCGCCCCCUCAGCAGUACAGUUAUGGCCAACAAAUGGCCCAGACCCCAGUGGCCGGGCCGAGGUACGACCGGCCGGGGAUGAACAACCAGUCGAAGCAGGCGUUAUCCAACAUGCUGAGGCAUCGCUUGCCGAAUCAAUUCAUCGGGGGGCAGCAGCAGCCGAACGCGCCCGUUGGGGGCCCUGGGUUCCAGGGGAUGCAGAGGCAGCAGCAGUUCAUCAGGCAGCAGCUGAGGGCUGCCCACGGGGCGCCUGGAAUCAACCAGCAGGGGAUGUUCGCUCCUCAGCAGCAGCAGCAGCAGAAUAUGUACGGGAACAUGCAGCCCGGGAUGAACCAGAAUUACACGGGGUACGGGGGACAGCAGAUGAUUGGCCAGGGGGCGCAGCAGGGACAGGCGCAGCAUCAGAACCCGGGGCACCAGGGGCAGCCGCACCAGAGUGCACAGCAGCAGCAGAUGAUGCAGGCGCAGCAGCAGCAGCAGCAACAGCAGCAGCAGGGGAUGAUGAACCAGCAGCAGAAUAUGAUGUUUCAGAAUCAGCAGCUGAUGGGGGGGCAGAGGGGGCAGCAGGAGUACAUGCAGCAGCAGAGGAUGCAGCCCAAUGCUGGACCAAGACCGCCGUAUUUGCAGGCGCCUAAUGUCACGAUGAAUGCGAUGGGGCCCAUGGGGGGGGGCGUGCAGAGUCAACCGGCCCCACCCUACAGACAAGCUGGGGGUAAACCUGCAGGGGUGGGCGUCAGCGGAGGGGGUGUCGCCAUGCAGCCGAAUCAGCAGCAGUUCCAGCAGCAGGCAAUGAAUCAAAGGAUGCGACAGCAGAUGCUGGCGAUGCAACAGCAGCAGGCCCAACAGGCCCAAGCCCAACAACAGCAGCAGCAACAGUCUGGUAACAAUGGCCAACCACCAACUCCACAACUGGUUGCACACCUCCAGAGGCACCUGACACAACCACCCCAGCAUCCCUACCACAAUCAACCCCCACCGUAUUGAUAAAUUCACUCACUACGAACAUUAUUUUAGCUGUAUAUUUAUAUAUUUAUAAUCGAUGACGAGUAAUUGAGAUUUUUUUUUCAUUUAUCAUUAUUCAGACCCUUUUCGUCUUGUUUCCUGAAUAUUUUAAUUGAUGAUGAAGAAUGGGGGAAUAAGUGAAUUGUACAAACGUUGUAAACUCAAUGGGCUAUUGUAUCAAUAAAAAUCAUGAGUCGGAAGUCUAAAU